AGCGUAAUGUCACUCGCGUUUGACAUUAUUUACAUUAUGCUCGAAUUAAACGUUAAAAUUUAAACAAAACCCCUUUAGAAAAAUGAUCAUGUAGUGUAAACGCGUUCGUAUCCUUCGAAGCAAUAAUGGCUCUGUCAAUGCUCAACUCCUCAAUUCCGCAAUAAAAUUUUGCUCAUAGCGACAAUAUGCGCCCCCAGAUAAUCAAUUUCUCUCUGCGAGGGAUCGUGGUGUGUUUGUUUGUUUUGGUCGGAAAUGCAGCCGUUGAUCUGGUGCCGUGCGACAAGACCCGUCGCGUCUUCACUAACUCAUGGGGCGUCAUCACCGACGGCCCCGUGGGCUCCAACUACACCCAGGACAGCCACUGUGAGUGGCUCAUCAAGGCCAACGACAGCCACAAGUUCAUCACUCUCAGUUUCCGCAGCAUGGGCACCGAGUGCUCCUACGACUACGUCUUUGUCUACGACGGUGACUCUUUUCGGUCGCCACUCCUUGGCAGUUUCAGCGGCAAGACGGAGCCCCAGAAAGUCAUCGCCUCGUCGGGCUAYAUGUUGGUGCUCCUCUACAGCGACACAAAUUACGUCCUCGAUGGCUUCCGCGCUGAAUUCUCUAUCACAGAUUGUCCAAAUAAUUGUUCCAACCACGGAUUGUGUUAUGAACACAGUUGCGUGUGCGAGAGUGACUGGGGCGGCUACGAUUGCUCAAAAAAGCUGUGUCCGGACCACUGCGGGGCCAAGGAGCGGCCCCAGAGAGGCCACUGCGAGGAAGGGCUCUGUGUUUGCAAACCGGGGUAUUCAGGCCAGGCUUGCAGUCUCUACGAAAGAGACAACACGGGGAAUAAGUGGCAUUGGUUGUCGCACUCUGAGGGAGGACUACAACCACGAGCAGCUCAUACUGCCGUUUAUAUUGAAUCGACUGACUCUCUAUACGUUUUCGGCGGAUAUAAUCUCAAUCAAAUACUUAGCGCUUUAGAGAUAUACAGCUUUAAAAACAGUACAUGGCGAGAUGAAAAUGGCCAAAUAUUGCCAGAUAAAGGGUUACUUAACGCCAUUAAUCCCAGUUCUGUGGCUAAAUUAAUCCAACAUGCGGGGCCCGAUUGGGAACAGAAGUGGGGAUUGAACUCCCCCAAGUCAUUUUUCCGAAAUUCUCUCUAUGCCGUUGUUAAUGACAAUGCCACGAUUUUUACAAGACGGAGACAGCGACAUUCCCGAAUUCCUGAAGGCCAUAAACCUAAAGCCCGAUACGGACAUGCCGCUUGUGCCCAAAAAGAUGGGUUCGUGAUUUUUGGCGGGAAAUUAGAAAAUGGUAGUUUAUCUAACGAUUUGUGGUACUACGACGUACAUUCGAGAAAGUGGCAUCAGAGAGCCCUAAUGUCACUAAUACAACCACCCCCUUUGACCCGUCACACUCUCACAACAGCGGGAGAUAUGAUAUACUUAUUUGGGGGAAGUACCGAGGACGGGGAAUUUUCCUCCCGACUUUUCAGCAUUACAUUACAACCAGAUGGGAGUGAAAAUUGGCAGGAAGUUCGCCCUCGAGGGGGUAAAGAAUUAGACGUUCGAGUGGUGGCCCACAGUACCGUCUAUCAUGCCCCAACAAACUCGCUCUUAGUCUAUGGAGGCAUCGUGGCUGGAGUUGCCCGCUUUUCAAAAUUAUCGGACCGAAUGUUUGCCUUUCAACUCGAUAGUCGACACUGGACUGAAAUCCAUUACACUAGAGAGCAUUUACGUGAGAAAUUCGUCCCGAGGGAACGCGCCUUCCACACUGCGAACAUUUUCGGGAACUAUCUUAUAGUCUUUGGAGGCUACUCUCACCGACACAACAAAGAAGAAAUUUGCUAUGACAAUCAAAUGUAUUUAUACCACUUGGGUUGCCACACGUGGGUUAACCCUGAAAUUUUGGGCAAAACAAACGACUCGCGCUACCCCAAACACCAGGGUGUUUUCGCACAUGCCGCCAGUGUCCGCAAUGGUAACACUCUUCUCCUCGUUGGAGGCUACCACGGGAACGUUAACGGCGAUCUUUUGGCUUAUACGGUCCCCCCGAUGAUUGCCUCCCGGAAAGGAGAAGCGUACGACCCGGAGUCGGCUUGUAUCCGCCACCGGAACUACGGAGAGUGUUCCGCAGAUCCGGAAUGCGGCUGGUGUUCCGCCGAUGAACUGUGUUACGGAAGGACAAUAGGGGCGAAUUGCACCACGAAUUUGCAAACGACGCGGUGUCCGGGGGUUUGCCCCGCAUUGGGGGAUUGUCACUCGUGUCUGAUUCAUGGACACGUGCAUCCCGGGGUGCUGCCCUUGGUCUCGGCGUCGCACAAGUUAGGGUUGGGGGAGUGUACCUGGUGUGUACAAAAUGCAAGGUGUCAUCAUAAGGAUGAUAAUUACGGGGUGUGUGGACUGAGGGAGGAUAGUCCGAGUCAGAUUCCCGGCUGGUGGGGCCCCAAAGGGACGGAAGUAGUGGAGCCCGAACAGUGCAGGGAGUUAGACAGGAGGCCGGGGUUGACUUUCGUGAAGUAUCAUCAUCCGGUGAAUUUUUCGCAGCCGGAUCAUGUCGCCAUUAUUAAUGCAACGACGGUGGAUUUCAACAGCCCCACGAGCCCCAUGUUGAGAGGUGACGCCACGGCCGGGGGCGAAAUGGUUGCCCGACUUGUGGGAUCUCUUUGCUUGCCGACUGAUUGGCAAGAAACGCUCAACGUUUGCAUAAGCUACUGCAGUGCCACACUGAAAAUUUCCGAUAAUUUGGUUGUGAACGUUUCAGCAGAAAAUAAUAACGAUUGCAAGAUGCCAAAGUGGCCGUUUAAUGACACUUCCGGCAAGGUUGCCGUCGAUUUCGAGAGUCAUAAAAUGGUUACUUUGGGGUCGUAUAACAAUCUUCACCAGCAGAGCAAAAUGGAAUUGCAACAUAAAAAAGAUAGCGACGAGCAGGCAAAGGUCUUCACCUUCGAGUACCUAGAACCUUACGCAAAUGGUACUUGCUCUCAAUACAAAAACUGCCUCUACUGCCUUACCGACUCGCAGUGCGGGUGGUGCGAGGCCAACAACGAGUGCGUCUCACGCCAUGAAGACGAAAGCCUCACUUGCACCACCGUGGACGACGACUGGCGCUAUCUCACCCUCCAACCCAGUGCGUGUUCCAAUUGCUCCAACUAUAUCUCCUGCGAGAGUUGCGUAGGGUCAGGGCUCUGUCAGUGGUCAAUCGAAGACGCCAAAUGCUCGAGAGUAGUCCAAAAGGCGGAAGCCGCCGUUGCCAUCGAGCAAUGCCCCACUCCUUGUUACAAACGUCCGGAUUGCGCUUCCUGUCUCGACCAAAAAGGCAGAUGUGUCUGGUGUGAGGCAACCCAGCAGUGUUUCAGUUUUUCGGUUUAUACCAGCGAGUAUCAGUUUGGGUUAUGCCGCGAGUGGUUAGAUCAAGCCUUUCCUUUGGUCACGGCACAGGAUAAUAGCAUUUUGCCAGCACCGCGAGCCGAAGAACAAUGCAAAUCGUGUUCUUUGCACACGAACUGUUCGCGUUGUUUGAGUUCAUUGAGUUGCGGGUGGUGUUAUAACGGCUCGAAUCCCAUGACAGGAAUGUGUGUUCAAGGGGACUUUAAUAAUCCGCAUGUCAAUUGUUCGGAGGCUUUGGGUAUAACAGAUGCGAAAUGGGCUUAUGCCCAAUGUCCCGAUGUGGAUGAGUGUGGGUUGGGACUCCACGAUUGYCAUCCACAGGCUAUUUGUACCAAUACGGAUGGAUCAUUUAGUUGCCAUUGUCGGAAAGGGUAUAUAGGAGAUGGAAGGACUUCAUGUAUACGUACUUGUUACAAUGUUUGUGUUCAUGGGAGGUGUCAGGGAGAACCUGAUUAUGCUUGUAAAUGUGACUUAGGGUGGUUUGGAGACGAUUGUUCGAAAAAUUGUGGUUGCAAUAAUCACUCGGCUUGUCCUGAAGGAGAGGGGAUUUGUGAGGAGUGUAUGGAUUGGUCCAUGGGGGAAUUUUGCGAGGAAUGCAAACCGGGGAGUUACGGAAAUGCUACAACCGAGCAAGGUUGUCAUCAAUGUGAAUGUAACGGCCAUGGAAUUAAGGAAUUGGGCGAAUGUGAUAAUGUAACUGGUACUUGUUACUGCCAGGAUAACACAGAAGGAGAACAUUGCGAAUGGUGUAAAGCGAAUUAUUACGGGGAUCCUAGAAAUGGAAAGCAAUGUUACUAUCAGUGUGAAGCUAGAGGAGUUUUGGAUGAGUCUCGAGGUCAAGGGAUCAGCUCGAUGCAGGCUUACAGUGCCCCAUGGGGUGGUUCCCCGACCAGAGAAUGUCUCUGGAUAAUCAAACCUGAUGUAGACUAUGGAAUUCCAAUUAUUCAAUUACAGAUUAAUUCUAGUCAAUUAAAUGUAACCUGUGGCGAAAACGCCGUAUACGUAUAUGACGGUCUCCCUGAGCUCGUCGAUAUGGGCAGCCAAAGCGCGCUCUCUUCCGUUUUCUGCACCGAAGAAGCCCUCCCUGUCUCGACCGUCGAAUCCCGCACUGGCCAACUAACUGUACAUUACAAACAAGGCUUACCUGGUGAAGGAUUCAGUGCAAUGUACAAAGUGUUGAACUGUGAGGACAACUGUGAGCCUCCACGCGAGUGUAUCCGCGGUCAGUGUGUGUGCCAAGAAGGUCUCGUGGGUUACAACUGCGAAGAAGUGAUUUGUCCCAGGAAUUGCAGUUAUGCAAGACAGCAAGGAACAUGUGAUAAAGCCUACGGAAGGUGCAUAUGUGCAUCGGGUUGGGUCGGACCAUCGUGUGAUAUAAGGGCAAAUGGGACUCAAAUCCUCUUCACUGAACUCUUCAACACAAUUCGCUUAGCCGACAAUUUGGAACACCUCCGCAAAACCCUUCCUCGUUUUGGACACUCGUUAGUAUCAGAUCGGAGGGGUUCUCUGUGGAUGUUUGGGGGCUACUCCCUCUCUCACGGCCCCCUGAACGAUAUCCGUUUGUUCGAUACUCGGAACAGUACAUGGAUGCAAGUUACAGUCGAUUCGACGACACCUGACGCUAAAAUGCCACAAGGUCGUUAUUUUCACGGCGCGGAUAUAAUCUAUUCGAAACAAGCGAUUUACGUUUAUGGCGGUUUAACCAAACCGGUGAAGUCAUCAAAUAACCGAACUUUGGACGACUUCUGGCAGUUUGAUAUCCAGAAUCAGCGAUGGGGCGAAAUUGAGAAAAAUAAUGACUGGCCACCGCCACUCUCGAGUCAUACUUUGACAUCGUAUAGGAACUCCACAUCGGAGAGUUUGAUUCUGAUUGGUGGAAUUUCACCUCAGAGUGACUUCCAUAGCGUCGUAUGGGAGUUCAGACUGGAUAAAGAACAGUGGCAAGCGUGGAAGACGAGGGGACAAGGACCGGCCGGAAUUUUCGGUCACAGUACAGUGUUUCACGCUCAAACUAAUAGUCUUUACCUUUUUGGGGGAUACAUUUACGAGUCACAAGCAUCAAGACUGUCGAAUAGGUUGUAUAUGCUCAACUAUGAUACGAAAACUUGGACCGAGUUAAACGAACUUGGCGCUUCUUUAUAUCUGCCACGCCCCAGGUUCUUCCAUUCGGCUGUCACGACCGAUAAUUUCAUGUUUGUGAUGGGAGGACGGAUAUUUCCGUGGAAUAUAAGCGACACGCUUUACGCUUAUUCGUAUAACUGCAAUCGGUGGAUUAAUUUGAUGUCAGAAGCAUUGGAAAAAGUCGGGCCUUUACCGAUACAGACAUACGCGCAAGCUAUGACGAUUGAACCCGAUGGAGACGCUGCCUAUAUAGUAGGAGGCUGGGGAAGUGAUUCUCAAUGUUCUGUUCUUCGAUUAGAACUCCCGGAAGAUCUUUGUUCGUUAUGGCCGACUCGUGACAGUUGUUUCCGGAUGGCCGGUUGUGGAUAUUGCGCUUAUAAAGUCGGCGAUGAAGUUAUGUCGGAAGUGUGUCACAGUAAUGCAAAGGAAUGCCCCUUGCAGGACUCCCCAGCCAAUGCUUCAAAAAUAUCUAAUCCUGGAACGGUUUGUAACGAACCGGUUGUAUCCCGGAAUUGUUCCUCCGUGACCGAUUGUUCUUCUUGUGUCAAAAUCGGUUGCCGUUUCUGCGAAAAUACUUGCACGUCAAACUCGACAUGUCCGGUGGCGACACUGACAGAAUGUUUCCCUAACAAUUGUUCGACGAAAGAUUACGAAAAUUGCCGACAAACGCCGGGAUGUGAUUGGAAUUGUUCUAAAGGAGAGUGUGUUCCAUUGUUGAAAGGUCAAGAACCGAAUCCGAAACCUUGCCCACAGUCAUGUAUGCACUACAAUACGUGUGCAUCUUGUUUAGAAACCGUCCAUUGCCGGUGGUCUACCCAACUAGACGAAUGUAUUUCGGCGCUUUAUCAACCGGCAUAUUGCGCUGGUGGUGUUUGUGGUUUAGUUUUACAGGCCGAUGAUAAGCAGUACUGCCCUGCACCUUGUAGCUCGUUUAGUCAGUGUUCGCACUGUUUGAGACAUGCGCAUUGCGGAUGGUGUGCAGGUCCGGGUAAUGGGGAUGGGGUUUGCACCGAAGGAUCGAACGAAAGACCCAUGCAUGGAACAUGCAAGGAUAUAUUUAUGAAAGAAAAGCCGAAUGAGGAUUUGCAAAAUGUGACCUACAGUUGGAAUUACGUGAGAUGUCCCGAAGAAGACGAGUGCACCAACGGCCACCACAAUUGCGAGGCUGAGUCUCAACGUUGCGUAGAUAAGCCCCAAGGGUUUGAAUGUGAAUGUGGUCCCGGUUACAAGGCUGCAAGUUCAACGAAACUAUCGACGGGGUCGACGGUUUGCGAGCCGGUGUGUCCCUUGGGCUGCGUUCGUGGUCAGUGUGUCCAACCUAACAAAUGUCAAUGCGAUUUUGGCUAUAUUGGCGCUAACUGCAGCAUCCAGUGUCAGUGCAAUGGCCACGCUAACUGUGAAGGUCCCGACAAAUUGGAUAAGUGCUUAACUUGCUAUAAUAACACAAUGGGGGCGCAAUGUGAGAAAUGCAAACCGUUGUUUGUGGGAGACCCCUCAGAUGGGGGACAGUGUGUCCCAUGUUUGGAAUAUUGUCACGGCCACACUCCCAUUUGUGUGGAUAAUAGUACAGAUGUCGAUUUUAUCGACUUCAUCGAUUAUGAAUCGGAACGGUUCUUGAAGAAUAUUAAAGAGGGGCCAAAAGCACAUGCGCGAUGUCUUAAGUGUGCCAAUCAAACGGCAGGCCCGCGGUGUGAAGAUUGUAUAGUCGGUAAUUUCAGAGGGACCGAGGAUCAUCGGGAUCCUUGUAGACCGUGUGAUUGCCACGGUCAUGGAGACACUUGUGAUCCCGUCACUGGUGAUAAAUGUAAUUGUAAAAAUAAUACGGAAAGUGAUACAUGUGGUGGGUCCGGAAAAAAUUCAGCUCAUCCGUGUUGGAUGGUCCAAUGUUCCAAAUGCAAAGAAGGAUAUUUGGGGACCCCCACUUCGGGACACCAGUGCUACAAACAAAUGGCGGUCGAGUCAAAGAUGUGUUUCGAUGCUAAGCCUAUCGAUGAGUGUAAGAUAAAACCGAAGCCCUUGCAUCCGGGAGAGAUGGUGUUUUUCGUAAUACAGCCCCGUUUCAUGAACGUSGAUAUCCGAAUAAUAAUUGACGUAACUCAAGGCAACUUGAAUGUAUAUAUGAGCACCCAUGACGACACAUACGUAGCCUAUCCCAACGCCACAACCGGUCUCAACACCAUAGACCUCGACGCUCAGUAUARUCAUUGGGAAAACGGUUCUCAAAAAAUUCGAGACGCUUUUCUCGAACACGAAGCGGUGGGAUUGCACACAUACAUCACAAUCACUCAGCCAAACACAAUCCUUGCCGUUAAAAAUCUCAGAGACAGAUUAGUGAUAACUCUUCCUGAAGAAUACCAUAGUUUGGAAUCGACGCGAUUCUUUCUAGUGUUACAAGCACUCGAUCCGGGCGAUUCCGAGAAAAAGGUCGCAUACGGGAUAGUGUUCUCGCGCCAAGAUCAGUUGCAUAUUGAUCUGUUUGUGUUCUUCUCUGUGUUCUUUUCGUGUUUCUUUUUGUUCCUGGCGGCUUGCGUCGUGGCGUGGAAGGCGAAACAAGCGGCGGAUGUCAGGAGGGCUCGACGGAGACACGUCGUUGAGAUGCUGCAUAUGGCGAAGAGGCCCUUUGCGAGUGUUACCUUAAACCUAAGUACCAGAGCUAAACCUAAGAAGUCUGCUCAUUGUGAUUUGAGGCCGGUUGCAGUCGAACCUACAGAUGAUGGGUUGGCGGCCGUUGCAACGGUCUUUGUGAGUUUGCCAGGAGGUCAAAGCCCCUGUGUGAAACUCGCUUUAGCGUCAUCUUUAAUCCUCCUAGUCCGACAGUUUCCCACAGGAGGAAGGACUUUCCUAAGGAGGCGGUCUGCACACGCAGCGCCACCUACUUAAGUAUUGACUCUCUUGCUUGAAUAUAUGUACCUAUAUGUUUUAUAUGUUACAUAGAUGGAUGUUUAUUUAUAAAAAUAAAUAUUUUAUAAAUGUU